AUGCAACUUCCCCCUAAACAAACACCCACAGAGUCUUCGACAAAUAGCUCUUCUUGUGCUAGUAUUCUUGCUAGAAUUUGUAGAUUUCCUUUUCAUUUAAUCUCAAAAAUCACUCAAAAACUUUUAGGUCCUGUGAAGCGGAUUCCACGUCGUUCUCAAAACCGGUCUCCUACUUGUGCUUUUAAAAUAAUAUGGAUAAGUGCUUUGUUGGUUGGCGAAAUUUUGAUUUUCUAUUAUGCCAUGCAAAAAUGUUCUUGGCCUUAUAAUCCACAUUGGGAUACAUCAUUGGCCAAUCCAUUUAGAAUUGCAUUGAUUGCUGAUCCACAGAUAAUAGAUAGUUAUUCAUAUGGUCGUACGGGUAUAAUUCAAAGAAUAUCAGAAAUUUAUCCUGACAUGUAUAUGAGAAAAAAUUGGAUAAAUUUACAAAAUAUUUUUGAUCCGGAUGCAAUAAUAUUUUUGGGUGAUUUAAUGGAUGGAGGAAGAGAAUGGGAUGAUGAUAAAUGGGAGAAUGAAUUUUUCCGUUAUCGGCACCUAUUUUUACCAAAGAAACCGACAAGAACUCCAAUUUAUUAUUUGGUAGGGAAUCAUGAUAUUGGAUUCGGUGAUAAUAUAAUUCCCAAUGCAUAUGAACGAUUUCGAAAAGUAUUUGGCAAGACCAAUUAUAAUGUUGUGUUGGGUAAUCAUUCGAUAGUGGUCGUCGACACUGUAACAUUGAGUGGAUCAGACGAAUCUUUAAGGGAAGAAGCGAUAGGCCUGAUUGAAAGGCUUGAAAAUGAUUCUUCAAAUAAUCUUCCUCGCAUAUUAAUGACACACGUCCCGUUAUAUCGCCCACCAAAUACCGAUUGUGGGCCAUUGCGACAAAACGGACAUUAUAUUAACGAAGGAUCUGGUUACCAAUAUCAAAAUUUAGUGACUAAAUCAUUAUCAUAUUUCAUAUUAGAUAAUAUAAAACCAAUACUUGUGUUCAGUGGUGACGAUCAUGAUUAUUGCGAAAUUCGACAUGAAAAGGAUCCAGAAGUUAUAGAGGUUUCAGUUAAUAGUUUUAGUUUUGCUAUGGGCGUUAAAAGACCAGGUUUUCUUUUAUUAAGUCUUUAUAAUCCAGUGAGUAAUACAUCAUCAGACGACAUAAAAAAUAAUCAAACCACAUUCGCAUAUACGCAAUGUUUACUACCAAAUCAAAUUCGAAUAUAUUUGUG